AUUUUGAAAAUGGAAAAAUUCUCCAAGCCCAGCAAGUAUUCGAGAAGUAAAGAUUUAAUCUGGAGGAUAACCAUGGAUGAAAAUAAUCUUGCAUUUACCAGUCUCAAGCCUUCACUCAAAGAACUUACUCAAGAGGAAAUGAAGAACACAGAAACUCAAGAUCAGUUCAAUUUUUGUGAAGAUGGCAUUUUCAGGAGUUUCAAAACUGGGACUCUGCCAGUCUUCAACAAAGCCAAACUGGUCUACAAUUCUACUACCCAUACAUGGUAUAAAGUACUCGACCUCAAAACUGAUGAUGAUGGAACCCCGAUUUGGGCUAACUUGGCAAUCAGAGAUGGCUCAGAAACAACAGAAAUAAGCUGCAAACAUGAAUUCGACCAAUUUAAGAACUCUAUCAAAGUUUUAAUCAACAUCAACUUUGCCAACUCAGAAAGUAUCAUUAUUGAAGUGAACCCUAAAAUCUAUGAUAAACUCGAAGCUGCUCUUGAAGGACCAUUCCAAGGAGUUGAAGCUUCAAUUCAAUCAUACAGGCUGUUCUAUAAAGGACGAGAACUUAACAUAGAUGAAAGCCUUGCCAAUAUUGAUCACAUUUAUGAUGGUGCUACCAUCCUGGCAACUGAAGGGACUUCAACUCCUUCCAAGUUCUGAAGGUUCCCACCUAUCAAUGAAAUGAGAUCUAAUUGGUCGAAUUCAGGUAGGGGUGCAGAUGCCAUCAUAUUUAUCCCUAACCAAAACAUCAGAUUAUGAGGGUUCAGUACUUUUGCAGCAACCACUGAUCAUCAAUAUGAAAUGAAGUACAUUGUAAAAAUAAAUGGAAUCAUUGUUGAACAAGACCAGGUUACUGCUAGUGGUUGGGAAGACAAAUACUAUCACAGAUAUACACUUCAGGAUACUUACCCAGUGCAAUUAGGACAAGAUAUUUCGCUGACAGUCUGGAUCGCUAAAGACAUAUCAAGCCACCAAUAUGUAUCCACCUACGCAGGCAGCAAUGGAAAUGACUAUACAACAAUCGACAAUGAACAUAUGGGACUAUUCACCAUCAAGUCUACUAAAGAGAGCAGAAAUGGAACUUCAGUAUCCAGCGGUCACUUUCCUGAAAUAUUCUACCACUUAUCCUAACCGCUUCCUACCCGACGCUUCUUCCCCC